AUGGCCAUGCCGGCCAUGCUCCCCAUGGACAUGCUCCCCCUCUCUCCUCUCAUCUCCAACCCUGGCCACCUUGCCAAACGCCUCCACCUCACCCUACUGGACUUACCUAGCCUGGCCCUUGUCGAAGAAGAAGGUGCUUUCCACAACCAGCGCGUGGUUGACCCGCCGCUCCCCGUCGCCGACGCCAUAGCCGCCGCGUGUCGUCGCCGCGCGUCGCCCGCCGCUCCACCUCUCCCCGCGCCGGCAACGAUCGAGGUGAGCACCCCGGCCCCUCCUCUCCCACCCUCGCCUCGCCUCCCUAGCGUCGGUUCCCUGGCCGCCGCGCGCUCGCCGGGAGGAGCCCGCGCGCGCGUCGACCGCCGCGCCGCGGUCGCCGCCGGCCUCCCCUCACGCACGCCCGCAGGGUGUUCGGGGAAAUGCGCGCGCGUCGACUGCCGCGUCACGGGCGCCACCUCUCUCGCCGUCGCGCUCCUCUCCCGUCCUCCUCCUCCCUGCCUCACCUCCCCGUGCCGCCAGGAGCCCCCACGGGUGCGGCCUCCACCUCUCUGCACGAACGGCGCGCCACCACAGCUCGCCCCGCCUCCUCCGCUCCUCCUUGCCGUGGCCGUGCGCCCCCUGCUCCUCGACGUCGACAACCGCUCGUCGCGAAGUCCGCCGCGCGGCCGCGUUAGCCUGCUCGAGCGCUUCUCUGCCUCGCUCGCCGUCGCCCUUGCGCGUCCGCAGGAGCCCGCGCGAGUGCCGCCUCGAUCUCCUCCUUCCAGUCUCCCUCGACAUCGUCGCCGCCGCCUCGGCCCCUGCAGGAGCGCGUCUCCAGGAGCAUCUGCAAUGCCCAGGGUCCUGGCCCCCAUCGCCGUCGACCGCCAACGCCUCCACGUGCCUUGCUUUGCCCCGACGGCCUCCUCUGAUCUUCGCCGCCUCAAGUUCGCCAGCCUAGAGGCAGGCACCCCACCUAGUUCCGCCACUAAAUUACACUUCUAG